CAUGAGCUGAUAUUACUCGAGAAGGAGCAAAGCGUUGGUGAAACAUGUGACGCUAGGAAAGAAGUUUCGACAAAUAAACCCAGCCUGUCCAUGCUAACCGAACAAAUGGAUGACUCAAAGGCGCCACUGCCCGCUGAGGAUCCGUCAACCAAGAGCGUAGCCAACACACCGUCCAAACCCGUUUUAUCUAAGGAAGAAGAAAAGCACUCCGAGGAACGCUCAGAGCUGUCAUCAAAGGUGGAAAUAGAUUUCUACAGAGGAUAUCCUGUAACGUGGAUGAAUUUCUGGUUCACGGAUGCCCAAAAGAACCAUGUUCUUCGACGCGACAAUUACGCUGACUUGAAGAACUUAAUAGAAAAACCAUAUAGUGGAGGGACUGAGGGAAAGGUACAAACAAUUACUAUCUAUCACCAUAUAGGGGCAGGGGUUAGUACUAUGACUCGACAAGCCCUGUGGGAUUUUCGUUGCAAUCCUCAGUUUCCCUACCGUUGUGCUGUAGUUACCAAGAUCGAUGGUAGUACUUCGAAAGAACUUUUGCAGCUCAGAAAAAUUGGUUAUGGAGAAGAGAGUGAAGCUCAGUCUCCACCUGUGUUAGCGUUGGUUGAGGACACAGAUGACUUUUUGUUCCGAGAAUUCAGGUCACAAGUUGUGGAGCACGCCAACAAACUUCCCAGAACUCAUUUGCCAGUGUGCGUGUUUCUUUAUUGCAAACCCACCCAAAAGCCAUUGGACUGUCAUCUGAAAGAACCGGAAGCAAGCGUUUUCCUUGAGCAGCAUCUUAGUCAGAAGGAAGUAGAUUGGUUCAAAGACAAGUGUAAAGACAUGAAACGGGAAUCCCGCAGCAAAGACCCGGAGCAUGAUUUUGAAAAUUAUGCCAAUGAAAAUUUAAUAUCUUUUAUGGUAAUGAAGGAGAAUUAUAAUCCGAAGUACACCUAUAGUGUUGUUCAGAGAAAUUUAGAUCUUGUGAUUGGGGAUGAACUAACAUUGCUGAAGUAUCUAUCCCUUCUGAACCUCUACAACCCAAACCCAGUGUUUUCCUCUUGCUUCGAUACUUUAAUGUUAUCGGAUAGCCUUCGAAAAAGAAUCUGCCGGGAUUGGGUGGAAGAUCUUACCCACUCAGCUCGAAUUUUCUUACGAGAAGUGGACUGCAGUACACAUUCUGGGUCAGGGAAGGCCAUCGCCAUUGUUCAUCCAAUUAUUGCUUGCGAGUUACUGGACCAGAUAGCGGUGAAAAACGCUUCAAGUGUGAGUAAAAUUACCUUGGACUUUUUGGAGUCGUCGUUGUUAGAAAGUCAACCGACACGGUUUACCUCCAAAAGUCUAUUUGAUGGUGCAAAUAGAAUGCUUAAGAAUCGAAAGAAGUUCGAAAACGGCGAUGACGAGCAAACAAAGUUCUCACCGUUA